GAUUCAAGCAUCCAGUUGGAAACCGAGUUUGCCACAUCGCUCUUCAAAAGACCGAAGCUAGUAAUAAACGUCGUGGUGACUGAAGGGGGUGGUGCGAACGGGUCGGAUAGUGCCACGCAGUCCGCAUCUGCAGUGAAUAACCGAUCCUUCAAUGGGGGUAACACAUCCCUACCGCCAACAUCCCCCCGUUCGUCUAGUCUCCGCUCAAGGAGCUCAUCGUCGCAACAACGGGAGACGAAUAGUAUGCGCACUAAUUCGAGCGUUGUAAAUACAAGCGCGAAGUUCGGGGGCCAAGAGUCGUCGGCGCUAGCUCGCAGUUCGAGCGGAGGAUACCAGAGCGGCUCCAAAUCCGUGUCGCGGCAUAACUCUGGUUUGGCGUCUGUCAGUUCCAAUGAUGUGGACCGUGCGAACCAAACACCCGGACAGAAGGACGAGGAGAUACGCGCGCUCAAGGAGAAACAGGAGAGAGUCGAGCUGGAGUUGCAACGUGUGCAAGAACAGUUCGCCACUUUCUCGAGCAUGCAGGCGCCUUCCUCUAGUAUGCAGACCCCUUCCUCUAGUAUGCAGGCCCCUAUGUACAGUAACGUUGGGCCAGGCCAACCCAUAUCGCCCCCACCCGCAGGCGCGCAAUCACCUGCGCUACGGCACUCGCAGAGUGUCAUGACCAAGCGUGGAGAUAACAAGGGGGCGAUUGGCCGCACGCACUCGUCUGUGCAAAACGCGGUAACGAUAAAGUUCAACGACGAUACUGUACCAGACAGCGACUCACUGGAUGAUGAUGCCAACAGCUCCGGCAUGGAUGAUGCGGUCAACGGUAGUUCUGCGAAAGCCUCAGGCGCUGCUGCGUUCCAGCAGUCGGCGUACUAUGUGAACGACCGUGUGACCAGUGGUAAAGAAGACCGGGGGGGGUCCGACCUGGCGGCGCACAAUGGAGUCAAUCGAUCCAUGACUCAGCCUUUGGAGGCCCAUCAGCCCGCCCCUAGACCCAGGCCAAGGCCCAGACCCACAGAUGGAUUUGCGGUGCCCGAGGAAACGGGGCAGAGCCCCAUGCAAUACAAUCCACAUCACAAAUUAGGAGGCGUCUCCCCCCAGAUGGAGCGCAGUUGGUACAAUAAGAAUAGUAACAGCAAACAGCCGGGUGUGUCUCGCACGGACUCGAACCUGUCGGCAAACAGCGAACACUUUGACCAGGGGUUGGCUAAGCAAGCGGCACAUCGCAACAACACCAUGCAACUGCCAUCACGCACCUCCCCCUCACGCCAUCGCUCACAAUCACAGCAGAGAUCCUCGCCCACUAUGUCGCAUCGUGACAUGCACACGCAGUCUGUGUUUGUUCCUGGCAGGACAGUCAGUCAGGGGCAUGCGCAGCAACCCAAGGAGCGACGUGUGGUGAUGGAUGGGGCUACUGUAGGGGAGUGCUCCUUCUUCCAUGAACUGCUGGACAUGACCAAGCAGGAGAGGCAUGAUAAGCUGUGUGAGUUGUUCGCGGGCAGAAAGAAUGGGGAUUGGCUGCUGAGGUACAACACGGAACAGAAUUCGUACAUUAUCACACUUAAGUACAUAGGAACGCUUCUGCACAUCAAGAUCCCUCAGGAUGAAACGGGCACGUAUGAAUUGGGUGAGGUAGCCUUCUCGCGAUUGGUGGACCUACUAAGCUAUUAUAGCAACCACAGACUGAGUGAGGAUAUACCCAUACGACUGAAUGAGUGUGUACGUGUGCAGCUGCCCACUUUGGAAGGGGAUGCAGGCUAUGUGGUCAUUGGCCCUAAGAGUAACUAUGGCGGUUGA